AUGAUCAUCUCACAGCUGGAGUUCGGGCCGCCUGUGGUAUAACAAAUAAAACAAAAAGUUGAAGAGCACAUAGCCCCUCUGUGCCCCCCCCUGGUCUUUUGAAGUUUUCUCGGAGUUAUCAAGUUCAGUUACACAGAGAUCGCUUUAACGUUUAACUCUUCAGAGUGACUAGAAUUUCUCCUUACAGUAUCACCCUUGAAUCACAGAGUAAGGUCACAUGAAUAAAGGAAAUGAUCACCAACAAAAGGAGCUCUUGACUGUUGAACAAAUUCUCCUUGUCAGCAUCUUAGGAAAUGUAUUGAGAACAAUAUGGAGAAAAUGCAUACUGAUGUUAGGGUGAAAAGGGUAAAAAGGAAACACCCGUGACGAUUUGUACCAACACCUGUGACUUGCUGCCAAUCUUUGAAUACACCACACGUAAAACCAAUCCCCCUUCAACUGAUAAUUAUUUAUCAUUUCUCCCGAAAAAUUGUAAGGUGUUUCAGGCAAACAUUGAGGAGUCACGGCUCCAUUGUUCUCUCGAUGAAACAGCAAACGAUCCAAAACUGGUAAGUAAGCAGAUUUUUUGCACCAUUGUCAGCUUAAAACCAGAGUGAGUACAACAAGUAAAGUUGUAAUGUAAUUAAUUCAAAAUGACAUUGUACACCAAACUGAAAACAAACACUGUUAUCGUAAUUAUUACAUUAUAACUUAUGUUAAAUAAUAACAAAAGAAAAGCAACAAACAUGUUUAUGUUCAUAAUAUAAUCGAUUAUGGGUGCAUUAAGGCAAUCAACUAUUCGUAGACCCUUAAUUUCAUUGUGAUCCCCGAACGCGAUCUGAAAAACCUCACUAUUAAAAACUGUCUCAUCUAGCUUUCUAGAUAUGAAUAAAGUCGAAAACAUUUUGUUUCAUUGAUUCUGUGUGUGAAGAACGUGGAAAUUUGUUGAAUGUCUGUGUUAUAAUCACAAUUUAUCUAACGAAAUAAGCAAUUUCGAUUUUGUUACAGAUUGUCAAAAUGAAGAUUUCCACCUUCUAUGGUUGCCUCUUAUUAUCAGUUCUAGCAGUCUUCACUAAAGGUAAGAACUGAGAAAGUAUUUUAAAAAAUGACAAAAACAAACAAACUUAAUGUUACCCAUCGGAUAAAAAUACCCACAUGCUGGGAUGAAAAACGCACAGAGUCAAGUAUAAUAUUGCUUUCUCAAUUCAACAAAACAGGAGGGUCUCAAUAGGGUUAACCGCUGAACAUAAAAGGCCCAAAACUUGAGCCGUUGGGCGUAAAAAUUGACAAAUUGCAACAGUAAGUCGUAAAAAAAGUUCAACGUGGAUAUUUUUCUUUUAAUCAUAAAGGAAGGAAGUUAACCUUUAGCUGUAAAAUGGUCAAAAUUUUAACCGUUAGCCGUUAAAAAACUACAAUCCAAUUGAGACUCUCAAACAGCGACAUCCACGAUAAUCCUGGAACUUGCGUAAGAAGGUGUUUUGCAAUAUGUAAAACAUUCAGGAAUACGAUCUAGCAAAGCGACUGAAUUGUUUGUAAUGUUAUGUUUAUUCUUGUGAUAAUAUCUUGUUUUUCUCAGACGCCUCUACAAGUAACUGGAACAUCGCUGACUCAAGCGCUGCAAGAAAAAGUAGCACUAUGCUCAACGAGAAUUUUAGGUCAACCAUACAUCACAGCCUGGAGGAUGCACGUAAGUUUAGAUAAAAAAUUAAUAGGUUGAAAUGACGGAUGUUCACAGUCCGAGACACGACCAUAAUCCUUUACGUCCUAACAUCAGUAUGCAAAUUCUCCAUACUUUUCUCUUCCUUUUUUUCUCUCUUUGUCAGUUGACAUCUAAGAGCUUCUUCAGUUGGUUCAUUUCCUCCAUUCUAGUGACCUUGAAGUUUGAUUCAGGGGUGAUAUUGUACGGAGAAAUUAGAUUCUAGUUUUAGGGUUAAAUGUAUAAAAACACCCGGAUAUCAAUUAAGAUACAAUUUUAAAAUAGUACGGUAGGUCGCUCCUGCGAUGGAUGAUCAAAGUUCUCCUUACUUGUAAAAUACUUUUAAUAAUUGUUUGUUAAUGUGUAACUCUAUUCCAACACUCUACUAUUUUACAAAGGUACAGAAGCUGGAAGGGCAAGACAAGAAGUGCCACAGAGUACGUUUUUUCCCAAAAAAUAAUUCAACAAAAAGAAUAUUCUUUCACGAAAAAUAGCUUUCUUGAACUUGAGCUUGUUGUGAAUAGUUACGCGAACAUUACUUUCUUGAAGCAUAAUAUUUUGAAGUCACCUCCUUAAAUAAGUAAUGUGGAAACAGAAAUAUGUCAUAUUAGUUCUUCAAAAAUGGUGAAUCGAACCUCAUCGCUUCUGAACACUAUUGGUACGCUAGGCCGAAGGGCUAAAGUAAACCCUUGGUGAGACAAGAGAGCUUUGUUUCGAUUAAGUGUCGUAAAACAAAAACCGCACUAGCUAUCUCGUAGACUUGGCCAAUCAAAAGUUAGCUUAACUUCGCGAGGAACUGAUGAGAAAUUAGCUCAUAGCAAAAGCUUUUAAACGAUCACUAGCACAGUAAAACUUUAAGGAUCAUCUCCCGGUUGGUUUGAGUUUUCCAUCUGGUUGGUUAAGAACAAAGAGCGAGUUUUGAGACUAAUAAGGUUAGGGAGAAGCAAACCAAUGCAUUUCUAGAUUACAUUUGAGACUGAAAGAAGCCAUUCAUUUAAACCAAUCUUAUUACAGAUGUAACAAUCUAAAAUUACUCUUAAUUGGUUUGAUAUGGAAUUCCUCGCUCCCACACGGAUUUCACCCGAAUAAAAUUUAAUUUUGCACAAAUGUUCACUCUGUUGAAAGUAUUAGUGACAGUUUUUACGGAAAUAAUAUUUACUAAGUAUUCGAGAACCUGCGACUUCAGUAAUAUGGCGCAAUCCUUUUACAGUGGGUUACACUAAAUUCUUAGCCUAUUCUUUUCUUUGCUUAUCUAUCCAUUCCCUUUCUAUGUAUGGAUUUUUUUUUUGUUAGAUGACACCUGUCGGGAUGACAAAGCUUACGAGGCUUUUUGCAAAGACUACAGAGAUAAUGACUUCUGUACCAAGUACCCGUACGGAAUGAAUAAGCAUUGUGCUCUCACUUGUGGAUUUUGUAGUAAGUCAUUCAGUGAAGAAACAAAUAACUGUUAACAACAAGCACUUGAGGGGUCAUGUCAGAGACAGUGGAAUGCGUUCAGGGGUUUUAACAAUUGCUUUUUUGUAUAAUAAAAAAAAUUAUUGAUACUUAUCAUGUUUUUGUCGUUGCAUAGAAUGUAAAACCAAGAUAGACAUUGGAUUCCUAGUGGACAGUUCAGGAAGCAUCGAAAAAUACGGCAAAGGAAACUUCAAAAAGUGUUUGGAUUUCAUCAAAAAUGCUGUGAACGGUUCAUUUAUCUCAGAGACCUUUACACACGUGGGAGUGGUCUUGUUUUCUUCAAAGGUUUGUUGUACUGGCAAGCCCUUGUGUAAGUAGAUUACAUUUAUAUUUAAUAAAAAGUACGGUUUAGGCAGUUUCUGAUUUUUUGUAUGACAGUUGCCCACCUGUGAACCUAAGGUCAUAGAGCAAUGAUGAACAAACACUACUACUCCCCCAUCCCCUUUUUUCAUGACAAGAGAGGAUGACGUUGGGACUAAUAAUGAUGAUGAUGAUGAUGAUGAUGACGACCACAAUCACGACGAUGAGAUGACGACGAAAACGAGGACGAUAACGAUUAUAACGAAAACGAUGACGAUAAGUAUGAUUACGAUGAUCACGCGAUGACCAUGCCGAUAAGAAUGACGAUGACGAUGAUAACAACAAUAACAAUGACAAUAAAGAUGACGAUAACGAUGAUAAUGAUGACGAUGGCAAUAACGAUGAUCACGAUGACGACAAGUAUGAUAACGAUGACGGCAAUGAAGAUGACGAUUAAGAUAACGAUGAUGACCAUGACACUUAGGACGAUGGCGACAACAGUAUGACAACAUCGAUAACGACGAUGGCAAUAACGAUAAUGAAGAUGUCCAUCAUAACUAUUGCGAUAAUAGUGCUGUUUUUUAAUUCUUCUUGAGGUUUUGCUAGGCAAUUGAAUUGAUAUUUUUCUCUAUUUCGUGCUUUUCAGAUCAAAACUAUCUUCACGUUAAAGCAAUACUUUGAUGCGGAACAAAUGAUAAAGGAUAUUGAAAAAGCACCUUACCUGAAAGGCGGUACCUUGACGGCAAAAGCAUUAUCUUUCGUGAAGCGUAAACUAUUCGACGAAACAGGCCGUCCAGAGGUUCCAAAAGUUCUUAUAGUUAUGACUGAUGGAAAAUCAACUGACAAUAUAACACUACCAGCCCAAAAACUGCACGAGGCAAACAUCACCGUAUUUGCUAUUGGAAUUGGACGAAACUACGACAUGGGGCAGCUCAAAGAGAUUGCAUCGAAACCGGACACCAAGUAUGCACUCACCGCAGACUUCAAUCGGCUCAACGAGUUGUACACCAGCAUCAGAGAUGAUGCGUGCCGAGGCGAGUGUAGAUACUCAUAAUUCAGUGUUAAAAGAAGUAAAAAGGAAAAAGGUUUUAAUGGGUGAAGACGAUGGCGUCAAUUACAACGAAUUUUAAGUUAGAGAAGAAACGAUAGAAUUAAGUUUGCAUUUCCAGUUUGUUUAAUGCCGAUGCAAUUUACUCAGUAAUUCAGAAUCCUUUUCGAGACUCAUUUCCACGCAGUUCGGAAUAACGUGGUCAUUCAAUUGACACUCUUACAAAAAUCAUAAUUCAAUUGGCACUGUUGGUAAAUUCCUACUGGAUUGAUGUCCAUUUUCACAAUGUCUUAUUGAGAAGUAAAGCUUAGGUGUUGGGAAAUUCAACAAUCUAAAAGUACAGGAGAAAGAAUCUCGCAAGUGGGAAAGCAAGUAGCAUUAAGCUCAGUGGUCAACGUACCAACAGGGGGUGGAGUGAUUUAUGCAGGUGUCAGCGUUAGAUCAGGGAGCACUAAGAUUCCAAAGAUUGCCCUCCAUGCUCAAAUAAUCUCCCUCCUCUCAACUUCGAAGGGGAAAUGGAGAAAAUUAACCGAAACACCUUUCAUGUCGCUUCCGGCAGUAACUAAAAUGGGAUGUUGCUAAUUCCAGAGCCAUUUAGGGCAGUUUUCGGUUAAAAGUAAUCACCUUUCCGAACUUUCUUCUCCAGUGAAUUCAACCCUUUCCGACCAAGACAGGCCAUUUCACAGUCCAGGUCAUACUGUUGACGACACAGCAUAUUCGCCGCAUAGCAGUCACAGCAUACUCCUCUCAUAGUUGUUCUGAAGACCAAGUCAGAGGUAGAACAACAUUUCCAUGAGCACAUUCAUAGAUGAGGAAGUUCGCAAAUAAGGGUUGACAGAGGAGUAAUCAGUCGUGUGCUACGCUCAUCAAAUUGAUAUCAAAAUCUCCAUAAAAAUCAUACAAGCUAAGCCGAGGAAACUAAAAUUUGAUAGUAUACUCAUCUUUCCAGCGAAAGUUAUAAAACAGACGAUUGAAAUGAAAAAAAUAAAACA